AUGUCGAUCUCUGCAAACGAAUUCCUUCAAGAUGAUGAUGAAUUCGAAAUGAUCUCCUCUAAUGGUCAUAUUGAACCUGAAAUCGGGAUUCAAACUCUCCAUCUCAACCACCAAGAAGAGGAAGAGACGAUUGAAGAAGCUUCAAAUUCAGAAAUCUCAAGAGCAUUCAUCGAAGACGAGAAUCCAUUAACACCGGAGAACUCAAAUCGAAUCAUGAAUGCUAUGCGUGGGAUUUCAUUUCAAGCAGGAUUUAUACCUGAUUGGAUUAAUCAAGUUCCUGAUGAUCGUUGGAUUGAUCACCUCACAAACUUAAGACAACAACCCAAUUCUACUAGUACUUCUUCGACUACUACUACUGCACAGAACUGA